CAAGAUGUACUCAGUCAGUGAAGAUGCCAAAAAAAAAGUGUACGAAACGUUCGGUCGCAACGAAGAAAUGGUUGAAGAUGAUGUACAUAUAAUCAAAACGUGGAUAAAAACUCAACCACACCUUCCAGAAUUAAUGGAGGACGUCAAAAUUAAGAAUUUCCUGAAUUUGAGUAAGUUCAGCAUCGAAAAAACGAAAGAAAAAAUUGACAUGUACUACACUAUUAGAAGCGUCAUUCCUGAACUGUUCGAGUCCAGUAAUCCAAAACUAGAAGUUACAAAAAACUUGUUUAAUGGCGCGUAUUUAUUCACGUUUCCAAAACAAGUGAAUGGUGUCCAUCGAGUUCAUUUUUCAAAACAGAAAAAAAUGAAUGCUUUGAACCCUUUCGCAUUCUACAACGUGUGGUUGUCAAUUUUUGAGAUCCGACUAAAAGAAGAUUUCAUGGUUGACGAUUACCUUGUUACAGAUUUAGAUAAUUAUUCUCUUGCCGAUAUGAAACAAAUUAAUCCUAUGGUAAUGUCAAAAUUUGUAGCCAUUUACAAGAAGGUAUAUGCUCUUCGAUUAAAAAAAGUCCUUCUAUUAAAUUGUCCGUCUUAUGUUUCCAUUUUGAGCGCUAUUUUGAAAGUUGUAGUGAAACCAAAAAUUUUUGACAGAAUCGAGUUUCAUCAAGACGCUGAGGUUCUAAAGGAAAUUAUUUGUAAAGAAGAACUUCCUAAGGAGUAUGGAGGUGAAGGACCUUCUCUGGAUCAAUACAAUGUUAUGAUGCAAACGAAGCUUUCUGAAUACCAAGACCGAUUCGACCAGUUGGAUAAAUUGAAAGUUAACGAAAAUCUUCGACCUCAAAAACUGGACAACGAUGAAAUUUUGGGAUUCUAUGGAAGCUUUAAAAAAAUAAAUAUCGACUAAAUAUGUGAAUCUGGUUUUUUAAGGUUAUAAUGAAAGUCAAAGGACGAAGAUGGUCGAAGGUUGUAGCCAAGGAGGUUUAGAUGUAUAGAGAGAGUACUGGGCUCGUUGUUUUGUGUCGCACAUAUACAAACCCUUUCUGCUGUUCGUGUGGUGUUCGUACACAUUCGUGAAUUGACGGAUAAGCAAUUGAACGAGUCAGUGGCGGAACUAGAUUUUACUGCUGUCUAUUAGUUUUAACACAUUUGUCAUUGUUCUAGGUUUUAGUGGAUAUUUGCAAAGACCAGAUACGCGAACGUGUGGAAAGUGUAUUAACCGCACAUUUAGUUUAAAAACCAAUAUUUUUUGUUUUUCUUGAAAUUGUAUGAAAUUGAAACUCGUCAGCCACUGUACUGCAGUACAGUGAACCUCUCGCGCCUCACUCCUCUCACCCGGGACAUGUUGGCCACACUUUGAUAUAUGGAAGGUAUAGGGCAUACUCUCUCUAUACAUUUAAACCUCCUUGGUUGUAGCAUUAAAUUAGAUCAGGGUAUUAAUUAUGUUUGUUUUUAUUGUAAUAGUUCAUAUCGAAGUAAUAAAUAACAACCCUAGGUUAUAUAAAUAAUA